AUGUUCCCAACCUGCCGGUUUUGCAGGGUGGCGCACCCUAGAUGCUUGGCACGGUGGCAGCUGCAGUCUGCGGGGUCGAGAAAGGAGACGCACUGCGAGUUUUGCGAUGCGCGGCUGCCAGACUGGAAGGGCACAUUGACGCCGCAGUGCGGCGCCAAUGCGCCCGCGGUGAUGAAUGUCAACUUUGAUGGCCGCACAUACAGCUUUGAGGUGAAGCCGGGGCCGGACGGCUACCGCCAGUUCACUGAGGCCAUCCGCCGCGCCUUCAACCUGCCCGACGACUCGGAGCUCAACAUCACCUUCACCUGCGAUGAGCCGACCACAGACAAUGGGAGCCUGCUGACGCUGCAAGGGUCGGGCGCGUAUGACGCGGCGGUGCACUGCGCCUCGGUCUCGGCCGCCCGCCGCCUCACGUCGCCCGGCGUCUCGCGCACCACAUCCGCCGUGGAAGAGUAUGCCAGCUCGCUGCCCGGCACCCCGCUGCCUGCCACCCCGCUGGGAGGCGCGGCCAUGGCCAGCCCCGAGGGCCCUUCCCCGGAGGGCAGCACCGGCGCCGAGGUGUCUGGCCUCAACGGCAACAACAAGCGGCGGCUGAGCGGCGGCCUGCGCAGGCUGCGCAGCGCGUUCCAGGAGUUUGCCAGCGUGCUGUCCGCUGGCAGCGGGGCGGGCGGCGGCGCCCCCGGCAUGCGGCCCUGA